UUAAUGGCAUUAUUAUUUGCUAAUAAAUCCCCAGAAUAAUAAAUUACCUCAACAGCCACCAAACACUCUCUCCGCUUACUCUUUCUGAAUCGCCGUUUCUCUCUCAUUCUCGAAUCUCCAGAAUCCGGCCAACAUGCAUAGGCAAUCACUCGGUUCACCGGGAUCGAAGAUUCACCUCGCACAUGGAGUCGUCAUCGUCGGCGGCAGGGACGACUCCGCCGUCGUCACGGCGGCAGAGUCUCAGAAGAUAAUGACGAAGGAUCAAGCAUCUCCGUCGUCACUCUCUAACAACUACGAUGAAGAAGAUGAACAAGUUCGCAAGUCAAUCAAAGCUCUUAACAAGUCAUUGUCCAGAGCUGAGAAGUACAUUCAUCUCAUUCCUGUUCUCACCUUUCUCUGCUUCUUCAUCCUCUAUCUCUUCUCUCAUAGUCCGUCUGAUAAAGAUUUAGCUCAAUUUCAUGGAUUUGAAGGUUUCGCCAAGCGUAUAGAAUCAGCAAAUAUUGACGAGUUGCAGAGAGUAUUAGAAAUUGAAAAACCCGAUGUUUUAGCGAUCCGAAGCGUAAGGAACUUGCAAGAGAUUGAUAGACAGGAUACAAAUCAUCGGCUCCACCGGAAACUCGCCGAGUUUUAAGCCGCUGUUUGUGCUUCUCACUCUUCUUUAUUCUCCUUAUAUUACUCCACCACCUAUUCACGGCGAAUUCACCGUCGGCGGAGCUUUCUCACGUGCGUAACUCGUUCCCUGCCAAUUUUACCGUUUCUUUACUUCAAAAAGUAUUUACCACGCGUCUGUGCAUGUGAAUUUCUUAUACUAGUAAUUUUGGUUGUUUCUUGAACAAAGUUAAAUUAGCCACGUAUGUGCAGUGCUUUGUAAAUAUUUUACUUUACUUUAUAUGAUGUUACCAAAAACAAAAUAUUCACUUCCAAGUUUUGGGUACGUCAAUGGAAAUUCCUGAGCUGGAGCUGAAAACUCAAAAAAGGAAAAUUUUAAAAAUUUGUGUAUGUAUAGAGUUAUAAGUUAUAACAAAAGAUUUUGGUGAAACCGAUAGUUUAUUUUUCCCCCAGUAUUAGCCAUUU